AUGAAUCAAGGAUAUACUAGCCAACCGCGCGAGGCGCAUAAAUCUCCAGGCAGUCCGACCUGCAACAAGGGGAGAAUACGUGCCUUGAUCCAGACUAAUGAUGGAGAGAGACACUAUUUUACCGGCACUGUGAGCACUGAUCUACGCCUCAUAGUCAACAAUGCCCACGUGGACUACUUUGAUCUCGCCGAGGAUAAGCCAUAUUGCCAAGAGUUCAAGGCAUUGAUUGGCCCAAUUAACGCUAACCUGUGGUGGAAAGGAGGCGCUAUACACCUCUCUGGGAAAUUACUGCACCGCAUCGAUGAUACAAUCGAAGUUUCUGGAGAAGGAUGGUGGUGGGGCGAUAUUGACAACAGGGAAUAUGAGGAGAAUGGCGAGGAGCGAUACAGUGAUGAGAGCGACGACCCGAGAGCAUGA